UUCAUCUCGUUGUUUCUUGUUUUCAAACAUGGAUGCCGAAAAGCCAUUGCUUACUACCAUACUGGCUGGUUUUACAAGGCCUUCAUGGGGUUUUAUAUUGAUAGUCAUGACCAUUUUAACAGUGUCAUGGCUCCACAUGACAUCCACGAAGGUUUUUCCAACGGUAGUCUCCAACGAUGCCAGUACUAGCUGUCCAGCGGACCCGAUGACUUGUUCAUGGUUCUAUCAAUCAAGCCCACCAAGGAAGAUGGUCAUGUCUAUAGCCGAUUUCGGUGGCGUCGGCGAUGGAAAGACAUCGAACACCGGCGCAUUCCAUAGGGCUGUAGAAUAUCUCAAGGGGUAUGGUGAUAAGGGAGGAUCACAGCUUAAUAUACCCGAGGGGAGAUGGGUGACUGGUAGUUUCAAUCUCACAAGCAAUUUCACCUUGUAUUUGGAGAAGGGUGCAGUUAUUUUGGGUUCUACGGAUCCCAAGGAAUGGCCUAUUAUAGAGCCAUUGCCUUCGUAUGGGCGUGGGAGGGAGAGAUUAGGAGGCCGGCAUAUUAGCCUAAUACAUGGAGAUUAUCUCAAUGAUGUUGUCGUUACAGGACAGAACGGGACAAUUGACGGCCAGGGAAGAAUGUGGUGGGAGCUGUGGUGGAACAGGACCUUAGAACACACAAGGGGUCACCUCGUUGAAUUCAUGAAUUCUCACAAUAUUCUCAUCUCCAACCUCACUUUCCUCAACUCUCCAUUUUGGACCAUCCAUCCUGUUUUUUGCAGUAAUGUGGUGAUAAAAGAAGUGACGAUUUUGGCACCUCUCAACUCCCCGAACACAGAUGGUAUAGACCCAGACUCGAGCUCACACGUGUGCAUUGAAGACUGUUACAUUGAGAGCGGGGAUGAUCUAGUAGCAGUGAAGAGUGGAUGGGACCAAUAUGGGAUUGCUAUGUCCCGCCCAAGUUCAAACAUCAUCGUGAGGAGGGUGUCCGGUACGACUCCCACAUGCUCUGGGGUCGGGAUCGGGAGUGAGAUGUCUGGUGGGAUAUCGAAUAUUGUUGUUGAGGAUUUGCAUGUGUGGGAUUCAGCAGCAGGGGUGCGUAUGAAGACAGACAGGGGCAGAGGGGGAUACAUAACCAACAUUACCAUAACCAACAUGACUUUGGACAGGGUGAAGAUACCCAUAAGAUUUAGUAGGGGUGCUAAUGACCACCCGGAUGAGGGGUGGGACUCUAAGGCCCUUCCGGUGGUGAAGGGUGUUUACAUAAAUAAUGUGGUUGGGAGGGGCAUUGGCAGGGCACCUGUCUUAGAUGGGCUGGACGGCGCACCCUUUGAACAGAUAUGUAUGAUCAAUAUUCAGUUAGAUGGGAUAGCUCCACCAGCAAAAUGGCAUUGUGAAUUUGUUGCAGGUGAUGCAAUUGGAGUUUUUCCAGAGCCGUGCCCACAACUCAAGAGUAAUGAUUCUUCAUCAUGGUGUAGCGGUCUUAACACUGCCUAGUAAGAAGUUGGAUUUGAAAAUAGAUUCGACGUUGCACUCGCAUUAGCUGACACGACAAACCAAAAACUAAGGUUGAACUUAAACGUGUUCUUUGAUGGAUGGGAUGUGAUUCACUCACGCAACCUCAGGUGAUCACAUUCUCAAUGUGUUUUCUUAUUGGCAUGGUCUGGCAAUCUUGUUAUGCUUGAGCCUCAUUUACCAUACAAAUAUACUUCAAAAAAAUCUGCUCGGAUUGAAAUGUUUGUCAAUGUGUUAUGAAUGAAUCAAUGCAAACUCCUUAAGAUAGGGACCACAAAAUAAGUGUCACAGGAUCUGGGUUGGAUUAUUAUUACUUUUUUCCUUUUAAAUUUAUUUGACAGGUCAAUCGGGGUUUAUCAGACCCCCUUGUAAGUAGAUUUUUUAUUUUUUAUAUUGUUAUCGCUAAUGAUGUAAAGAAGUGGGUUGUAUGAUGCAUUUUCAUUUACUAAUCCAUGUGAAUGAGGAAGUAAAAGGAGAAGAGGAUAUUCUUUCAUGAA